AUGGUGGAGAUUUAUAGUCAAGAUAGAGCAAUAGGUGAGCAUGCUAAAACUAUUUAUGAAAUAAAGCAAAAGUGCAUUGUCUCAGUUGAGGAUGGUAAUAUAGACUUCAUUGAUGACGUUGAUAAUAUGAUUUUUUACAAUGAGAUCUCUCUAGAAAAUGAUUGUGCUAUGGAAAAUGAAGAUGAUGACCAAAAUAUGGUCGAUACCAAUGAUUGUAAUAUGAGAAUUGAAUCUAGUUCUCACUAUGCUUCUUCAUCAAAAAGUAGCAAAGAAAAGAACAAAGUAAGCCCUAAUGGGAAUGAACUUGAGUUCAUUAGAGAUAGUCUUGAUAUAGUUGAUGAAGCUAUUCUAAAAUUAACAUCUAAGUUAUUAAAUGUGGCAUAA